GCUGAAGCGAAGGGAGAGUCCGCGUAGAUUCAUAGUCGUGCGCGCAGGCACAGUUUUUUUUCUUUUCAGUAAACAUAUUUUAUAUGUUAUUUUUUCCUCCCUCGCACGUCCGCCGACCGUCUGUUCCGCGUUUGUUCCGUCUGAGUGAUCGUGUAUGUGUACCGUGUGGUUGCCUUUUCCUUUUCUAACCCAAAGAGGAAGCACUGUUCUUUGGUCUCGCUUCCUCUGGAUCGCUUCUGUACACACCACAUACUGCUGGUAUGGAAACGAUUUCGUCAUUUUCUAUGUGUUACUACACAUUGUUGAUGUCGAAUUUCGAGGCUUAAUUGGGCUCAUUUUCGGGGCUAGUGAGAUUUUUUUCGUAAUAUUGGCGCUAGUAUUCACAUGGGACCGUUUUUCGUGGUCUCUCGCCUGUGGCCUUCCACUAUUAUAGACGAACUGUAGUGUUACUUCGGCUCUCUGGAGGGAGGGGAUUGCGCUAUUGAAAAAGUGUACUACUGAUAGCAGCAUCGUAAUCUGCGGUUUUGGGUGUGAUAAUCGUUUAGUCAAUGUCGCAUUUAGUAGUACGAUGAUGCAGAUUUUGGAUUCGAAGCGAUGACAGCGUUACAUGCAACAAAUGCCUGCAGAUAUUAUCUGAGCUGUGAAGCAUAGAACCUAUGAUCGGAUAGCGAACGAAAGCGCUGGACUGGGAAGACAACAGCAAUAAUAUUCGGCGUGUGCGUGCGUACGUUUAGUGUACCAUAGAGCAUAGAUCAUAAAGUGAGUGUGUGACGGACGGGAGAAAGAGAUGCUGUAAAAUAGUGUGGAGCAUAAAACAGAAGACGACGGAAAAAGAAAGAGUGUUGCCUGCUGCAUGGAUCAUUAUUAUAGAAUGUGACCCUAGCAAUCAACUCGAUCGUUGUAACAGAGACAAUACGGGGCUCAACGGGUGGGUUUUGUUUAAUUUCUGGGAAAGGCCACAGAAUUGUAGAGGAGUUAAUUUGUGAAAUCUCAAGUCGAUUACAUAGCGUGAAUUAGCUGAUUCACUCGGAUAAGUGAGAGCAACAGAGUCAUCGCUUUGCCAUUCCAGCGGUGGGGAUCGCACCGAUGAUCUGAUCGCGAAUAUAUGUCAAUCAGGAGGAGAUAAUUGGUACAGCAAGCAAUGCAGGUGGUGUCGGUGAUUACUGCUGCAAAGAAUUAUCGUCCAUCGAAUUUCAAUCGCAUACUUGAACUUGCCGACGACGACGGCGACGUCGAAUCUUGUUCUUCAAUAAGCUAGCAGUGAGAAACUCAACACAAAUGCGAAACGCGUUCCAAAGAGUAAAUAUUGAAUCUGGUAUGUGCCGAGCUGUCAGGAUUUCAAGAUUGUUGCUGAAUGACGUCACGCUUCAAACCUUCUUGCUACGCUCUCCGUUGAAACCAGCCCGCCCGUGAUUAUCCAGAUACACAUAUGAGUAAGUACGUGCAUCAAGUGUGUUUCCAGCAGCUCACCCAUAACCGAAAAUUAUGAAGAAAAAUCACACACCGAUAAGCAACGUAGAUGAGUUCAAAAAAUGUUGCCAAUAUGUUACCGCAGUGUUAUUCGAAUGAAAAGAACAAUGUGAUAGACGCGGAUGUUGCAAAUACUAACGCCACUACUACCACCACCACUACCGUCACUACUACCGCUGCUAGCUUUGUUAGUACUACAGCGACGACGACGGCCAGUACCACCACCAAUCACGAUCAUACGGCUACGAUGUGCAAAAUACCAUCGCCGAUUGCUUCUGGCGGUGGGCUCGAGAAGAUGAUGAUGGCAUCUGCUGGCAGUGCCACUACAAACGCCACCAACAAUAACAACAACAGCAACGAGUUGGAAAUGAUCAAUAGCAAGGACCCUUACGCCGAGCUGGAGAGAUAUCUGGAAAAGGUCAAGGCUGAAAUCUCGGAGGUAUUUGCGCAGCUAGAAUCAAAAAGUGAAGCGAGUGGACCGAAACUUUCCCCACCGGCAGUGACAGUCGACGGCACCAGCAGGAGGUCAACAAGUAGCAGCAGCAUCCGUGACAGCAAUCACAACACCAAAGCCAGCGUUUGCCAAAAUGUGGCUUGUUUCGGUGAUUCAGUGGAUGGCGCGAGCCUCGAAGCAACGGAACGUUUGCUACAGGAGAUUGUCGCCACGCUGCCCAAACAGCAACAGUCUGUCUCAUCGCAACAUCACUCCGGAUUGAGGGAGCGUAACAAUGGUGCUUUUGAAUCGACUCGUUUCUGCGGUGAUCCCACGUUCAUCAUCAGCACUGGAAGUGAUCACCAUCAUCAUCAGCUUGACGAGCAGGAGUUGGUGUUAAAAAUCGAUGAAGAUCAUGAUCACGAUAAGCCAGAGAAACGUUCUCAGCGAUUCAAUAACUCAAAUAGCCGCCUCCUCACUGUUGGUGCUACCGACAACAGUCAAUCGUCGGAUUAUGACAACAAUACCUGCAGUAGUAGCCGUGAUUUGCAGGACAGUUUGUCGGAUGAUAUGAGUUUGCUGGAAGAGCUUAGUGUUUACGAUAGCCACGAAAACGAGGAAGACUGCUCGGACAGUAAAGAAACAUCUCCAAAGCAAUUCCAGCAGCUACCGACCCUCAUUCCAAGACAGCAUCACCUGCUUCAACAGCAGCACGCAGACAAGCUAAAAACCAGUACAAAUAGUCUACCUUCCACUAGCCGCAAUUUUAGUCUACAUCAUAAAUUUAGAAAUCACCAGAAUGUAAUCGACGCCAAAAGACGGCAGUUUUUCCUGCCCCUGGAGCAGGAGCCGUUCCAACCAGUAAAGUCCAACAUCACAGAGUUGCCAUCGCCGAGCAGUACCUCCCUGCACAGUGGCUAUAGUCAUCUGAUUCUGGAAGAUUUGGGAACCAAAUCCAGCUCGGCACCGUUGCUGAUGAAGAAUGAAGAAGUGGAGCUGGGCGAGCGGAGGAACUUGAGAUAUUCGCGAUCGCAAAGCGACCGGCAUCUUGCAGAAAUAGAAGCUAUCGAAGCAUGUCGGUGGCUCAGAGCUGCUGGAUUCCCACAGUAUGCCCAGAUGUAUGAAGACCAUCAGUUUCCGAUCGAGAUCAAUGACGUUGCAAAGGACCACCCGUUUCUGGAAAAUGAUCCAUUGCAGUCGUUGUAUCGCCGACUGCAAACUUUGAAUCGGUGUGCCAACAUGCACAUCGAUACGCACCAGCAUUCGCAUCCACCAAAGCAGAACGAGGAUUCGGAUGACGAUAGUUGUGCGCUUUCCGAGGCCUGGACUUUUGCUCACAACAGCCGGCGAUGGUCAAGAGUGGAAGAUGCUGCUGGAUUGGUCAGUGUCAUCAAACAGAAGCACAAUAACAAGAGUGAAGUUAGUACCGUUAACGAAACGGAUUCGGCAGAGGAUUCAUCCAAGAGUGGUUCCAAGACGACUACAGAUGAUAAGGAAAGCUGGGGUGAUGAUGGGGGACCGUUGAAUAUACUGUCUGAUAGUGAUCAACAAGAUGGUCCCGUUCGACUCCGAAGGACUGGGAGUGAAAGACUCAAAGAUGGAGCAAAAGCACUUCUUAGGCGGGUGGAGUCAAUAAAGUCGCGCAGGAGAAAGCGACAAAACCGUGAUGGAGUGAUAAUCUGCGGACCUCAUUCUUCCAACUUAUCACCGGUUCAUCAUACUUUUGACGAUUUAAAGCACAUUGAUGUGAUAUCAUUUUCGAACCCUUCUUCUCCACGUUCUUCGUCAGCACAUUCUGAUCACCGAAGAGGCAAUACUCUAGGAACCAAUGAGAUCGUAUCUAAUCUGCUUUCCCCAUACACUCUCAGUCCUUUUGGCCACAUGUUGGAAGAUAAGAAAGAGCCCAAGCGUAGCCCUAACAGAUCUAGUCCGUUACAUUUUUUCAUUCAAUUGCAAGAGGCGAAAUCGGGCGAUGAUUCAUCGUCGCUAUGCAGCGAAGAUAGUCAAGAAUUGAAUACCGAAUACUUCGCUGGUAGGAUUGUAAAAACACCAAGCAAGAAAUAUCCAAGAUCGAAGAAACUGCUUCGUAACAAGAUGACCACUGAUGACUCUGGUGCUUUAUCGGAUUCAGAGUACCAGUCAAAGUUGAUGCGAGCUAAAGUGUCUAACGAUUUAAAGCAAACUAAUAGUAACACGCUACAAGUUUCAAAGUUGAACCGUGGUGGUUCGCUAAAUUUGGGUAAAAACUCAAAACGGUACAGGGAUGCAUUUAAUAAUCGCUCAAUGAGAGUUGCAAAAACCAGCGACGAGAAGGGCGGUGAUGAUCGAAAGCGCACUACCGUAGCAAGGUGGCACAGUUUCCAACAAUCCAAGAACUCAGAUGGCCGCCGAAAGAGCGUCGUAGAUUUUAAGGACGAUAACUCGAAAGACAAAGAAAAUUAUUCCCGGGGUACUAGCAUAUACGAAAUGUCUUGUGGUCAAUUGUUGGUGGUUCGAAAGCUGGCUCUAGUCACACUAACGGGUUACAUGGAGCGUUACUGCCCAACGCAUCGUUCUGGUUGGAAUUGGGAUCUGCCGAAGUUUAUAAAACGAAUCAAAACGCCAGAUUACAAAGAUCGUCGAGUCUUUGGCAUACCGUUAGUGCUUAAUUUACAAAGGUAUGGAAGUACACUACCAGAGAUAAUUCAGAUGGCGUUCAACUGGUUAGAAGUGAAUGCAAUGGAUCAAGUUGGACUAUUCCGGAAGCCGGGUGUGAAAUCUCGAAUAGCCAAACUGAAAUCGACAAUUGAAUCUAGCAAUAAUAUGAUUAAUCGGAUGGACGUCUUUGAUGACUACCAUGCAUAUGAUGUCGCUGAUAUGUUGAAGCAAUAUUUUAGAGAGUUACCAGAUCCGUUGCUAACUGCCAAGCUGUCGGAAACAUUUGUCGCGAUAUUUCAGUAUCUUCCUAUUGAAGUUCGAAUGGAGGCUGUCCAGUCAGCGAUUCUGUUGCUUCCAGAUGAACAUCGCGAAGUUGUGUGUACUUUACUUAAUUUUCUGGCUAAGGUGGUUGCAAGUGCGAAUCAUAAUCAAAUGACGGCAAACAACCUAGCAGUUUGUUUGGCACCGUCACUGUUUUAUUCCCUAACUGGCACAAGGUCUUCAACAGCAUCGCCGCGCAGGAAGAAAGGCGCCAUAGGCCAACCAGAUGAGAAGGAGUUAUCAGAAACACGGGCAUCGCACGACUGUUUAAGCUUUCUUAUCCAACACUACCGCACCUUGUGGACCAUAUCCAGCGAUCGAAUGCGGAAAUGCAGCUUUAACUACAUGGAGGAAUCAAAACCGGUGCCACUUGAAUCACUGGGGGCGGAAUUGCACGUACAAAAUUGGCGGGGCUACCUAACCGAGUGUAUCAAGGAGUGUGUACGAGAGGGGAAGGAAAGACCACGAGGUUGGGUCUCACUAAGCUCAACUGAUCCUAGUGUAACUAUAUAUUUCAAAAAAGUUGGCGAUGGACAUCCUCUGCGAUUGUGGAAGGCUGUAACUGAAGUUGAAGCCCCUCCUACUGAAGUGAUCAAUCACAUUCUAAAUGAGCGACAUUUGUGGGAUGAUUAUUUGUUGAAAUCCAAAAUCGUCGAACGACUGGAUAAUGAUACAGAUGUGUUUCAAUAUGUAUGUGGACAACCGAUAACCGAUUACUGUGUGUUACGACAGUGGAACAAGCAACAAUCACGCGGCGCGUGCGUCAUAGUCGAGGUGUCUAUUAGUCAUAAUGGUGCUCAGCCACUGUUGGAUGGAGUUCGGGGCGUAGUACUGGCCUCACGGUAUUUGAUCGAGCCGUGCGGCAGUGGCAAAUGUAAAUUGAUGCAUCUCUCCCGUGUUGACAUGAAGGGUCGAACACCGGACUGGUACAACAAAAACUACGGUCACAUCUGUCAGCAAUAUCUUACAAGAAUCAAAAAGUUUUUCGAACAUUACACCGAGGGACCUGAGAGUAAAGUAUAAAAGCAAACUUUUAAAAACUGUGUGUCGAGAGAGAAUAAAUAGCAGUAUGCAAAAAAAACACAAACACACCACAUCAUAUAGAGUAUAGUUGAAGUGAGAAUGUAUCAAACACAGUUUCCAAACAUUCCAAAUUCUUUAUUACCAAGUGCCUAAACCAUGAUAUUUUCUUAGUUUGUUUCUUGCAAAAGAGGAAGCCAGCAUCAUGUAGGGAAAAUUAUGAAACAAAACUAAAACUAGUCCAAGCAAAUGAACUUAACCAAUUUCACAAAAACUUAUAAUUUGAAUCACUUUUUUAAUUAUUUUAUAGAUAUAAUUGUUAAAGUUUAUACCACAAAAAGAUUCAAAUUAAAUAUUAAAAUAAGAUACAAACUGAUGAAAGAAGCAAAUAAUCUCAGUACCGUUAUUCUUAUGGGACCAAUGUCAAUAAAUAAUCUCCAGAGGUCUUUAUAUAUGGUCAGUUUGUGCCAAUAUAUGUUCAUUUUCACCUCCAAAAAAUGUUGUACUGAAACAAUUGAACAGUUAAAACUAAUGAAUGAAAUUAUAAGAAAAUAAAAUCCAACACAAUUGUAAGAUUUCCAGAAA